ACCGGUCCGACGUGGAAACCUCACUUGCACCUCGGCCACGGUCAGGAAAGGGUACGAAUCCUUCUACGAGUAGAAGUCAGCUAUCUCCGGUACACGUAUCAAUCGAUCCUUGAUUGUUCUAUCUGAGAGGAAGACAUGAAGUCCAGCCUGUUCUUGUUGUUUUGCUUGUUCGUCGUCUUCGCUGACAGGACUCUUGGUAGCCCCUACAUCGAUGACGAGGAAGAUUCGCUGCAGAUUGCGGAUUCGGAUUAUACAGACAACGCAUUGGAGAAUCUGAUGAGAGCUGCUCAACAAAAACGUACCUCGUUGAUCUACUUGUUUAGGCGAGCCUGCAUAAGACGGGGUGGAAACUGUGAUCACCGACCAAAAGACUGCUGCUACAGUUCCAGUUGCAGAUGCAAUUUAUGGGGCUCAAACUGUCAGUGUCAACGAAUGGGUCUCUUUCAGAAAUGGGGCUAAACGGCUCCUCCGUCUUCUCCUUUCUUUCGGCGAGAACGUUUCUCCUUUUAGCACGCGACGCGAUUAUCCGCACCACUCGUACAAUUCCAUUUCAAAAUUUUUCCUCUUUCAUACUAUUACUCUUUUCACCAUCUGCGAAUGCUUUGCAGUUUUAAGCGUUUUUCUUAUACAAAUUUUUUACCGUUGUCCGCUGUUCACGGUCUAAAAGUUCUACGUGUUAUCGAUUAGAUUCCGAUAGAAUUUCAUUUGGGGCAUGCGAUGGAAGAAAAACAGUCAUUGAGAAAAACCUAUCGAUAAAAUAGCGAGCUUUCGAAUGUGUGCAUCGCGGAGAGGUUGAAUUUUUAUGGUAUUUUUCUCUGUUACCUUUUUUUUUAAUUAUCGUUGAAAAUAUUCGACGAAGUUUAUGUAUUCCUUUGGUUGGUAUCUUUCUUUACUUAUAUUUCCUGCGCACAUCUCGUAUCUACCUCCCUCGUGUAUUAUACUCGAACGAUAAACUUCAUCCACAGCCAGUUCUCCAUUUUCUUUCAUUUUUUUAUUACUCUUAUGUUUUCUUAUUACAUUUUUUAAAUGAAAUUAUUACACUUUGCGUCCUUUCGUUUCUUUGUUCUUAUUGUUAAUUAAGAUGGACUUCGUGGCCUUGCGCAAUCUCAAACCCCAUCGAGACGUAGCGAGAAGUAAAGAAAUAAAGUUUGACUGAGCAUUUUACUACAUUCCUAUAGGUGGUUUUUAGUUUCUCUAAGAGGCGAAUGGAACUAUCGAGUAGCAUGUAAAAAAGGAAUACGAAGCGGUUCGUACAUUAAGGAAACCGAUUCUUCUGCUUGAACGACGAUAAUAAGUUUUUGAACGAACGAUGCAACAAUAAUUGUAAGUCUGUAUCUAGCGCAAGGAGAUGUACGUUUUAAGUUAAAACUCGCCUACAUUCUGUCAGCCUUUGAUUACUUCAUGCUCCAUAAUUAUUUUCGAUGAAAACUCGAUUAAAUGUUAUUAACUUAAAACGGUACAAAAUGGAAAAAAAUUAGCGAACAUGCGUUUUGCUUUGUGAUAGAUUUUUGCAUUGCCAAUAUACUUGCUAUGAAUCCCUUGAAACUUUCUGUUCCUCGUAAGACACUUAUCGUGUAAUCGAGAAUCGUGCCUGUUAUCCUCAGAAAAUAAUUAUCACCAGGAAUAGAAAAAAAGAAAAAAAAAAAAAAUAUAAAAA